AGAUAGAUGGGUAACCAACGCGCCCGAUCGCGCGGUUUGCGCCACGGCACCCGCAACUUGUUCUCCCGUGGUCACCGUGAGCAUGGUACUUUGAACACGACGACGUACUUGCGUACGUUCCGUGUCGGUGAUUACGUCGACAUUAAGGUGAACUCGGCGCAACAAAAGGGUAUGCCGUACUUGCAGUACCAAGGCAAGACGGGCAUCGUGUGGAACGUGACGCCGCGAGCUGUGGGUGUGGAGAUUAACAAGACCAUCGGUGGUCGCAUCGCUCGUAAGCGCAUUCACGUGCGCGUUGAGCACGUGCAACACUCCCGAUGCCGUGAGGAUUUCAUCGCCCGUCGUGCGGCGAACGACAAGGCGCACCACGAAGCGAAGUUGGCUGGAAAGAAGAUCGUGACCAAGCGUCCGGUCACUGGCGCGCCGCGCACGGGGUUUGCGCUCGAGAACGUGAAGUCGGAACUCUUGACUCCGAUCCCGUACGAUAUCUUGCGCGAAGGCAUGAAGUACUAA